CCAAGCCCAGAUUGGCCAGUUUAGUGUCUUGGUUAUCCCGUUCCCAGCGGAUUUGUUGUCUCAGAACCAAUUUUACGUGGGCUCUUACCUCCGAGCAGUUGAAUCCACGAUGCCAACGUCGGAUCUACGCAACGGCGGUUUUGUCUCGGUGGGGACUCACCAUCUGUUCGCCACGCUGAGCGGCAUUUCUCGGCUUGCUGGGCACCCGCUCGUGAUUUUUAUCCCUGGCGCGGGGGAUGUGGCUUCGUCCUACUGCGCCGUCGCACGCCGAGUCGGCACCUUUGCGACGCUCCUCUUAUACGAUCGAGGUGGACUAGGUCGCAGCGAAGAUGGACCAGAUCUGGUGCACCAUCGCGCCACUACGGCUGCCCAGCAACUGCACACACUACUUGAUCAGGCGCAGCUGUCACCUCCCUACCUCGUUGUCGGUCAUUCCUACGGCGCGAUCAUCGCACGCGAGUUCCUUCAUCUUAAUCCUCGAGCAGUGGCUGGUAUGGUCCUUGCGGAUGGCUCGACGGAACGGCAGCCUGAGCUCUUGCAAGAUCCCGAGCUUGAUAUUGCUGCUGUGCAGGGCGGGUUGAAUUUUGCACAGGUAACUGGUUUGCGGGCCAACGCUCAGUUGUCGCGAGAGGAGUGGCGGACGCGGGCAAAGGAUAUUGCUCGUGGGCAGCAAACCUGGGCAGCCGAGGCUAAUGCUUUAGUAGAGCUGUGUCAGACACUGGGGGCGAAAGAGCAGUAUCGACACCAAGCAUUGGGAGAGAAGCCGCUGUCGGUGAUCCGGUGUCGUGGGUCGCUGGACUACCGAAAGAUCUACGAAGCGGGUGUGGCUGCGGGCAAUGGUAGUGGAGCGCAGCAGAAGGCAUUUGAGCGCCUGCUCGAGCGCUGGGAUGCAUUGGAUCAAGCGAUGCAAGAGGGCCAGCUGCACUUGUCGAGUCGAAGCCGCCUAGUGUAUUUGGAAGACUGUGGGCAUCAUGUCCAUUUGUUGCGACCGGAAAUGGUCGCCGACGAAGUACGCUGGGUGCUAGGAAUGAUCAUAGGCGACAGGACUGGGCGAGUUUAAUUCCAAUUCUGGUGCUAUUGCGCGUAAUGCUGGUGGUGAGUGACUGAUGAGGUGAUGGUGAUGGUGAGGGUAUGUCAUGUUGAUCAGGACAAUCGGAAUUAACGGAGACUUGACAGUCAACCAGCUGUCUUGCCUUCGCUUGGCAAUAACUCUCCUCGUCCAUCUACCUUUUUCCACUCAUA